AUGGAAAACAUUUGGUCCUGCAUCUCGCCCUUAAUCAAUUGCUUGACACCUUGCGCUGGUGAUUGGAUAGCUGAGCAAGUCAAUCAUGUAAUCAAAUUUGAGGAAAACCUGGAUAGAUUAAAGUCUGAUUUGGUUGAAUUGAAGCGGAUCAGAAACGACCUGGAGCCACAGGUUGCUGUUGCUGAGGAGCAAUCAAUGAUGCAGCGGCUGGACAAAGUAAAAGGAUGGCUUUCAGAUUUUCAAACCAUGGAAACUGAAUUAACUGAAGUGAUAGAAAAUGGCAUCAAGGAGAUUGAGAAGAAUUUUUGUUGUGGAUGUCCCAAGAAUUGCUGCUCAAGGUACGAGUUGGGAAAUAAAGUAGCCAAAAAACUAAAAGAUGUUGCUAAUUUAAAGAGCAAAGGAGUUUUUGAAGAGGUAGCUCAAAGGUUACCUUCACCUCCAGCUACGGUAAGACCCAGUGAAGGAAUAAUAAUGGGCAUGAAAAAUAAUUUAUGUGAGAUUUGGGGGCACCUCGAAAAAGAAGAUGUGGGAAUCAUCGGCUUAUAUGGGUUAGGAGGAGUUGGGAAGACCACUCUGCUAACUGAAGUCAACAACAAGUUUGUCAAUACAACUCAUGAUUUUGAUGUUGUGAUUUGGGUAACGGUGUCCAGUAAUCUAGAUUUGGAUCAGGUUCAAGAUGACAUCGGAAAAAAGAUAGGACUUUAUGACGAGAUAUGGAAGAAUAAAAGACCAGAAGGAAAGAAAGAAGAUAUAUGUGGAGUGUUGAGCAAAAAGAAGUUUGUUUUGUUGUUGGAUGAUAUGUGGGAGCGCCUUGAUCUCUUAGAGGUUGGGAUUCCACUUCAAAACAAGCAAAACUCCAAGAUAGUAUUCACAACCCGUUCUAAAAGGGUGUGUGGCCAAAUGGACGCUCAUAAAACAAUUGAAGUGGAGUGUUUGCCAUGGGGGGAGGCUUGGGAUUUGUUCCAAAAGAAGGUUGGUGAAACGACCCUUAAAUCCGAUCCAGACAUACUUUAG